AUGGUGUUCCCCCUAUUUUUGACACGUUCUGCUUUGCAUUGUGUGAUUGACCUCUUCCACGUCCAACACCAGUAUUAUCAGCCGGGGCACUUGGUUAUUGGUGGUAUCACUUCACAGUUCUUCUCACCUGCCUUCAAUUCAAUAGACUUCAAGGAGAAGCCAAAGGAAACGCCUGCUGAGGAAUAUGCCGCAGUGCCAAAGAACUACCAGCAUGUCCUUUCCUUAGUCUUUGCUGUGAAUGAGGUCAAUGAGAACCCCAACAUUUUAUCCAACAUUACGUUGGGGUUCCAGAUCUAUGACAGCUACUGUGAUGCAAGGAUGACUUAUCAGAAUACUUUGAACCUCAUCUCUCAUCAUAGGAAAACCAUCCCCAACUACAAGUGUGGUGUUGAGAAGAACCUGAUAGCUGCCAUUGGGGGCCUUGACUCUGAAACUUCAAGCCACAUGGCCUCCAUCUUGGACCUUUAUAAGAUUCUACAGAUCACCUAUUCUUCAUUUACUCCAGCGGUGAGUGAAAAAGACCAUAUUUCUUCCUGGUACCAAAUGGCCCCCAGUGAAGAACAUCAAUACACUGGUAUUGUUCAGCUUCUUCUCUAUUUCCAGUGGAAGUGGGUUGGGAUAUUUGUCACAGCUGAUGAUAAAGGAGAAACGUUUGUGAAAAAGUUGACACGCCAGCUUUCCCGGAAUGACAUCUGUAUAGCUGUCACUGAGAGAGUGGUAAACCACAGUGGUUUUGGUGAUGAUGGGUUGAUAGAGAAAUGUCAGAAUAUGGCCGAGUCCCUAAGCAAAACAAACAUCAAUGUAUUUGUUGUCAAUGCAGACAAAAACACCAAGACAGGUUUGCAAUGGCUGCUACUAAUAGGCAUAAUGAUGAAUCUUCAACCUUUCCUGAGGAAUAUCUUGUUCAACAACAGUGUAGGAGACACUGUGUUCUAUAAUGAGAAACGUGAGCUAGAAGGUGGAUUUGAUAUUAUCAACUGGGUGACUUUCCCAAAUAAGUCCUUCUUAAGAGUGAAAGUUGGGAAGAUGGAUCCCCAAGAUCCACUGGGCAGUGAUUUCUCCAUUGAUGAAAAUAUCAUUACAUGGCACCAGAGUUUUAACCAGGUGGUGCCCCUUGCCUUGUGUAAUGACCACUGCCAUCCAGGUUACAGCAGACAAAGGAAAGAGGGGAAACCAUUUUGCUGCUAUGAUUGUACUCCAUGUCCAGAAGGGAAGAUUUCAAACCAGACAGAUAUGGAUGAUUGCUUCCAGUGCCAAGAGGAUCAGUAUCCUAACCAAAACAGAAACCAGUGCAUCCCCAAGAAAGAAAACUUCUUAACUUAUGAAGCACCUUUAGGCAUCAGUUUUGCUCUUUUGUCUCUGGCUUUUUCUGCAACUACAGCUUUGGUGUUUGGAAUCUUCAUCAAAUAUCAAAACACUCCCAUUGUCAAAGCCAACAACCGGAAUCUCACCUACACCCUGCUCCUCUCCCUCCUGCUCUGCUUCCUCUGCUCCUUGCUAUUCAUUGGGCGCCCCCAGUUAUUGACCUGCAAUCUACGACAAACUGCUUUUGGUAUCAUCUUCUCAGUGGCUGUUUCUUCCGUUUUGGCUAAAACCCUCACUGUGGUUCUGGCUUUCAUGGCCACCAAACCAGGAUCCAAGAUGAGGAAAUGGGUGGGGAAAAGAUUUUCAACCUCUAUUGUUCUUGGUUGUGCUUCUGUCCAGGCAAGUAUUUGUAUAGUAUGGCUCUGUACUGACCCUCCUUUCCCAGAUCUGGACAUGCACUCUCUGCCUGAAGAAGUCAUAUUGGAAUGCAAUGAAGGUUCAGCAAACAUGUUCUACUAUGUUCUUGGUUACAUGGGAUUGCUGGCUCUUGUCAGCUUUGUUGUGGCUUUCUUUGCUCGGAAACUGCCAGACACUUUUAAUGAAGCCAAAUUUAUCACUUUCAGCAUGUUGGUGUUUUGCAGUGUGUGGCUUACUUUUGUUCCAACCUACUUAAGCACCAAAGGGAAGUACACAGUAGCUGUGGAGAUUUUCUCCAUCUUGGCCUCCAGUUCUGGAAUCUUGGGUUGUAUCUUCUCCCCAAAAUGUUAUAUCAUUGUCUUCAAGCCUGAACUCAACUCAAAAGAGCAGCUAAAAAAGAGAAAUAAAUAA